CAAUCCCCGUUCUGGGACCACAGAGCUUAGAGAACGAGAAAGGUCCACACAGGUAGUUUGUCCACCAAUGGGCAGUAGUAACAUAUAGCUCUUUAUCAACAUCCAGCCACCCGCACCUUUCAACCGCAUCUGGAGCCAGUCAUCCGUCUGUGAAAGGCGACCAUCUUCCAUCUUUGAGCGGUUUUUCCACCUGAGGUCGGAGAAAAUGGCAGCAAUUCCAUCAAGUGGCUCUCUCGUUGCCACCCACGACUACUAUAGAAGACGACUCGGGUCCAACUCCAGCAGCAGCUCCUGCGGCAGUUCCGAGUACACCGGGGAGGUUAUUCCACACCAUCCAGCACUUCCACGGCAAGACUCAGGCCACUGGUGGACUUCCUUUUUCUUUGCAAAACAGAACCAGGCAAACGGAUCAGACAACCUGAAGACCGGAUCCUACACCGUGACCAACGGUCAGGUGUCCUGCAUCGCCAAGGAAAUGGUUUUGAAAAGACAGUUGAGCGAAAGCAGUGAAAGCGGAAAGGUCGAACCAACAACUCCACCACCAGUGUCCUCCUAGACCCGGCUCCAUCACCCCCACCCCCCACCUUCAGCUUGCCAUUCAUCACAUAGUCCAGCAGUGGAGAUGAAGAUGACGAUGGCGAUGAUGACGGUGUUUUGUUACUUUUAGUAAAUAGUGUGCAUGUCCUUUUUGUUUUGUGUAAUUAUCUGUAUAUUGUGACCAAAAGUUUAAAAAAUGUCAAAGUAUUUUUUCAUGAACUUCUACUUUAAGUAAUAAUAAAUAGUGUUUAGUCACC